AGAUUGGGGCAAUCGCGGCCGUCCAUCUUAAAACCCUAAACUGAAGGAGGCUUUAGGGUUCUAGAGCCGCCUCGCUCUUCUUCACUUCGCCGCCGCGCCGCCAGGUACGCUCGCCUCCCUCCGCCAUGACGGACUCUCUCGUCUCCAAGGGCCGCAUGGAAGGCCACACGGACUGGGUGACCGCCAUCGCCACGCCCGUGGACAACAGCGACAUCAUCCUCUCGGCGUCGCGCGACAAGUCGGUCCUUCUGUGGAACACGCAGCACAAGGAUCUCACCGAGCAGGACUUUGGCUUGCCACAGCGCCGCCUCACGGGCCACGCCCACUUCGUCCAGGACGUGGUCAUCUCCUCGGAUAGCCAGUUUGCGCUCUCGGGCUCCUGGGACGGCACCCUCCGCCUCUGGGACCUGGCCAACGGCAACACCACUCGGCGCUUUGUCGGCCACACCAAGGACGUCCUCUCGGUGGCUUUCUCCGCGGAUAACCGCCAGAUCGUCUCGGGCUCGCGCGACAAGUCGAUCAAGCUCUGGAACACGCUCGGUGAGUGCAAGUAUACGAUCCAGGACCAGGACUCUCAUACCGGAUGGGUGAGCUGCGUCCGCUUCUCGCCGGUGACUACGAAUCCCAUCAUCGUCUCCGGCGGCUGGGACAAGAUGGUGAAGGUGUGGAACCUGACGAACUGCAAGCUCCGGACCAACUUAGCCGGCCACUCCGGCUACGUGAACUCGGUCACGGUCUCGCCGGAUGGGUCUCUGUGCGCUAGCGGUGGCAAGGACGGUGUUGCCAUGCUGUGGGACUUGGCGGAGGGGAAGCGGCUCUACUCGCUGGACGCUGGGGAUAUCAUCCAUAGCCUGUGCUUCAGCCCCAACAGGUACUGGCUCUGCGCUGCGACCCAGCAGUGCGUGAAGAUCUGGGAUCUGGAGAGCAAGAACAUUGUCGAGGAGAUCAAGCCCGAGCAGGUGUCCAAGAAAGAGCCGACUUACUGCACCACUCUGAACUGGAGUAUGGAUGGAUCCAAGUUGUUUGCUGGUUACACGGACGGUGUCAUUCGCGUUCACAGCGUCGGGCACUAGAAGCAAAACGUCGCCGCCAACUGCUGAUGUAGGCUACGUAAUUUUCUUGGAGUACCGAUAACGGAGAGGCUUUGUACUCGUUCGUCUUUUGAAUCAAAAAGCUUUUUUUUCCAAAUAAAAUGCCACUUACUUUAGCUUUGAAA